AUGCAUCAUAAAAAAUAUGAAACUCGUCAACAGUCAACAUCAAUAUCAAUAUCAACAUCACAUCAUUAUCGAUUGGCAACAAGAUCUUCAAUACUUAAAUUAAAUAAAGCAAUUAAAGUUAAACGUUUAAUUAAAUCUUCAACAUUAAGAAACGACGAAAAUCGAUUGACCAAUAAACGAACUAGUGAAUGUUAUCAACAUUCAACACCUUUGACAACUGGCAAUAUUGCCUUAUUUGCACAAAAUACACAAUCUUCAUCUCCACUUUAUAUAAAUCGUCGUAGACAAACGCAUCUUGGGAAUAUGACAUCAUAUUCAGCCCUUAAACGUAAAGCACAACGAUCGGAUAUAUCAUCAAGUAUAUCUCGAUUUCAAGUUAAUCUUGAACAUGUCCUUGGUUUUACAUCAAUUUCAAACUCAGUUGUUGGUCAAGAUCAUUCAACAAUAGCAUAUGCUGCUGGUUCUACUGCUGUUCUUUAUGAUAUAAACACACAAAAACAAGAUUUUAUUAUCAAUACAGCUCGUAAAGCUAUUACAUCAUUAUCACUUUCACCAGACGGUCGAUAUUUAGCAACAGGCGAAUGUGGACAUGAUCCUAAAGUACGUGUUUGGGAUUUAACUGGUGAUAAAACUGUUUGUAUCGAAUUGGGCGAUCAUAAAUUUGCUAUUGAUUCUGUAUGUUUUUCACCAAAUGUUGAUCGUUUAGUUUCCAUUGGUUCUUUACAUGAUGGAAAUAUAUAUGUAUGGAGUUGGCAAGAAAAGAAAAAACUUGCUUCAAAUAAAUGUACAUGUUCUAUUCGUCGUAUUGCCUUUGCUGAAGAUGGAAGUUAUUUUGUAACUGUUGGAAAUCGUCAUGUAAAAUUUUGGUAUUUAAUAUCAACAGCAUCGCUUGAAGUUGUACCAUUACGUGGUCGUUAUGCGAUCUUAGCUGAACGUAAAGAUAAUCUUUUUACUGAUGUUGUUUGUGGACGUGGUGAUUGUGCUGGUAUGACUUAUGUCAUAACUGCAAAUGGACUUAUUUGUCAAUUUGAUGAACAUCGACAAUUGCGAGGUGAACGUGAUCUUCAAGAAAAGGCAAAUUGUUUAGCUAUUGGUGAUGUAUAUCUUGUUGUUGGAUGUGCUAAAGGUGCUGUUUAUAUAUUUUCACCACAAACUCUUGAGUAUGUUAUGUCAAUACCUUUACCACAUUAUUUGGGUGUUGAUAUUGGUUUUAUAACAUCAAUUGAUCAAAUGACAUAUUCUCAACAACAGAAUAUGUGUUUUCCGGAUACAAUUGCUGUUUGUUUAGAUGAAGAUAAGUCAGUGUUAACAUGUUUUUAUAAUGAUCAUAGUUUUUAUAUUUGGGAUAUAAAAAAUGAACGAUCAAUAAAAAAACGUGAUUCUUAUAUGUAUCAUUCAGGAUGUGGUUGGGGAAUUGAAACAUAUUCUCGAACAAGUACAUCACCUUCAAUUCUUCGACAUUUAACAUGUAUAACAUGUUCAUCGGAUAAUACUAUACGUUUUUGGUCAUUAAAUAAUGGUGAAGCUGAUUCAUAUUUUGCUCCAUCACCAGCUGCAAAUAUAUUUAGUAGACAAUUAAUGAAAGUAGUCUAUUUAGAUGAGGAUUAUUCAAAAUUAUGUGAUAGUCAAACAAUUCAAGAACGACCUGAAUUUGUCCCAAAAGUCGGUGGUCGUUGCAUGAAAAUGGCUCCCGAUGGUUUAUCAUUAGCUAUUGGUGAUCGUAAUGGAAAUAUUCGCAUAUUUGAUAUGCAAACAUUCAAACAAAUUGCACUUGUUGAAGCACAUGAUAGUGAAGUACUUAGUGUAGAUUAUGGACAAUCAUCUGGUAUGAAUGUCACUUUUUUGGCAUCAAGCAGUCGUGAUCGUUUUGUUCAUAUAUUUGAUGCAUCCAAAGAUUAUCAAUUAGUUGCAACAUUAGAUGAUCAUUCAGCAGCUAUAACAGCUGUUCGUUUUACAUUUUCAUCCGUUACUUCGAAUCUACAGUUAAUAACAUGUAGUGCUGAUAAAUCACUAAUAUUUCGAUCAAUAUCAAAAAAUGAAAACGGAAAAUAUCAAUGUAUUCGUUCGAAUAAUAUCGUUGAGAAACAAACAUUUUAUGAUUUAGCUAUUGAUCAUUCACGUGAACUUGUCAAUACUGCUUGUCAGGAUCGAAUGAUAAGAGUUUAUAAUACUCAAGAUGGUAAACGAGUUCGAACUUGUAAAGGUUCAAUGAGUGAUGACACAGGUUAUUUAAUUAAAAUCGAUAUUGAUACAUCAGGGAGAUAUUUAGCAACAUCAUGUUCAAAUAAAUGUGUUUAUAUUUGGGAUACAGUAACAACAGAAUGUGUUGCAUCACUUUGCGGUCAUAGUGAAAUAGUUACUGAUAUAAAAUUUAGUCAUGACGGACAUCAUUUAUAUACGAUUUCGGGUGAUAGUUGUAUUUUUGUCUGGAAUAUUGCUGAAUUGGCUAUUGUACCAACAACUUGUCGAUUACCAUCAGUACCAUUAGCGAAAUCAAAUGAACUUGAAAUAACUGAAGUCGAAGAAACGAUUUCACAGGUUGAAUUUUAA